UGGCAACCCUGCAGUGAGUGACUCAGUGGACGCUUCGGAGAUACGCGCGCGCGACCGUCUGCUGCACUCCGGAACCAAGCGUCUCCUCCCGGGCCACAAACAUGUCCAAACUGGAGCAGAUCCUGAUUCUAGAGCCUUCGAGCGACCUGAAGUUCAAAGGUCCGUUCACAGAUGUGGUCACGGCUUAUCUCAAGCUGAAGAAUCCAUCAGAAGGGAGAGUUUGUUUUAAAGUCAAGACCACAGCACCGCGCAGAUACUGCGUGCGGCCCAACAGCGGCAUCAUUGAACCCGGAGUCACGGUCACUAUCUCAGUGAUGCUGCAGCCCUUCGAAUAUGAUCCAAAUGAGAAGAGCAAACACAAGUUUAUGGUUCAGAGCGUCUUCGCACCCCCGAACAUCACAGACCCAGAAGCCGUGUGGAAAGAGGCAAAACCAGAUGACCUCAUGGAUUCAAAACUCAGAUGUGUCUUCGACUUGCCGUCUGAAAACGAUAAAGUGAACGAUGUCGACGCAGUUAAAGCGGCGCCGGCUCUCAACCCUUCCAAAGGAGAUGGGCUGUCGCCCCCUAAAAGUGUCAGCGGCGCUGUGGACGACUCCGAGAUGAAGAAAAUCAUGGACGAGUGCAAACGUCUGCAGAUGCAGAUCAGCAAGCUGUGUGAGGAAAACCGCCAGUUAAAGGACGACGGUUUGAGACUGCGAAAGACCCAACGAGGCGAACAUAGAACGUCUAACUCCAAUGCUCUGAUUGGACGAGAGUCCAGCAUGAGCUCGCUUCCGUCGCUCCUGGUGGUCAUAGCAGCCCUCUUCAUCGGAUUCUUCCUGGCAAAGUUCGUCCUUUAGACGUCGGCGGGGGGAUCUGACGCGGCGAGCGCUCCCGAGCCAGCGAUGGAUCACACGCAGCCUGAUGAGAAAGUCUUUCUGUUGACGUGACCAGCAGCUGCAUCACCGGCCCCUUUGUGUAACACAAACGUCCCACCAGCCCCGUCCUCUGGGGAGCCACAUCAUAUCAGCACGAGAGACACAGAAAUCACUCGCUUGGUUUUGGGUUGGGCGCUUGAGUCCAUGAACUGAUUGUUUUUGGAAUGAUGAAUUGAGAAACACAGAAUCAACUGAAAGACGAAGAUGAGUUUAGUUCAGCCGUUUGUGUCCCUAAAACUAGAUUUUAUUUUAUUUUCUUUCAUCCGAUCGAACACGAAACGCCACAGCAGAGACCUUUCAACUUCACGGUUUGUUUAGCGGUGAUGUCAACAGUUGGCCGGGUGACACAGGUGCCUCCUUCCUCUGUACAGUUGUUCUCCGUCUGUUCCUAACGAUACCAACGCAGACUGUUUUAUUACUGUAAUUAUUAUCAUUUAAUAAUAUUAUUAUUCAUGUACUUUCUCUCCAAACAGAGCAUUUAUUUCCACAGAUCUCUUUACUGUCUCAUACUAGAGGACGUUGAAGAAAUUAAACGUGAAAAAUAAAAAAAUCUGAGCGUUC